AAACUUCCCACCAAGAAAUGUGAUGAGGUGCAAAAAGGGCAAAGAAAAAGAAAAAAAGAAAACUAAAGGAAAAGGAAAAAAGGGUGCUAUAAACAAAUACUCCUAAAUGGUUCUUUGUAUUUUUAUAAAACAAAUACCAGAUACUAGAUAUUAUAUGGUCUCUCUCUCCAAAGUCCAAAGUGUGGAAAAUUCUAUGAUGAAGUGAUUGUAGCACACAAUCUUGAUCUUCUAGAUGAUGGGUUUGCGGGAAAAUCUUUACUAGGGCAUGAAAGUCUUCAAGGGGCUUUGCUUUGAGCCCUCCACAGCUCCACCAUUAGUGAUCAGAGAGCUGGAAGAUGGACAGGACCAGAUUAGAUUUAAGGUUUCAUCACUUUGGAUCAGCACAGUCUGAGGAGUCUGCUCUAGACUUGGAAAGAAAUUACUGCAGUCAUCAUCCUAAUCUUCCUUCAUCAAGUCCAUCGGCCCUCCAGCCUUUUGCAUCUAGUGGUCAGCACUCUGAGAGCAAUGCCGCCUACUUCUCGUGGCCCACUUUGAGUCGGUUAAAUGAUGCAGCAGAAGAUAGAGCAAACUAUUUUGGAAAUCUUCAGAAGGACGUUCUUCCUGAAACUUUGGGCCGGUUGCCAUCAGGGCAGCAGGCUACAACCUUACUUGAGCUGAUGACCAUUAGGGCAUUCCAUAGCAAGAUCUUGCGCCGGUUUAGUCUUGGGACCGCAAUUGGGUUUCGGAUUCGAAAAGGCGUCUUAACAGAUAUUCCAGCCAUUCUUGUCUUUGUUGCCCGUAAAGCUCACAGGCAAUGGCUAAGCCAUGUGCAGUGUCUACCUGCUGCCCUUGAGGGGCCAGGAGGUGUAUGGUGUGAUGUGGAUGUUGUAGAAUUUUCCUAUUAUGGUUCCCCGGCUCCAACUCCAAAAGAACAGCUGUAUACAGUGCUUGCAGAUGGCUUGCGGGGAAGUGAUCCAUGCAUUGGUUCUGGUUCCCAGGUUGCUAGCCAGGAGACUUAUGGAACUCUGGGUGCUAUUGUUAAAAGCCGAACAGGAAAUCGACAGGUUGGUUUUCUCACAAAUCGGCAUGUGGCAGUUGAUUUGGACUAUCCAAACCAGAAAAUGUUCCAUCCUUUGCCACCAAGCCUUGGACCUGGGGUGUAUCUCGGCGCUGUGGAGAGGGCAACAUCUUUUAUCACAGAUGAUCUUUGGUAUGGCAUAUUUGCUGGAACAAACCCAGAAACAUUUGUGCGAGCUGAUGGUGCCUUUAUUCCUUUUGCUGAAGAUUUCAACAUGAACAAUGUAAUUACGACUGUAAGAGGCGUAGGUGAGAUUGGUGAUGUCAACAUCAUAGACUUGCAGUCACCAAUCGACAGUCUUAUUGGAAGGCAAGUGAUGAAAGUUGGGAGAAGUUCAGGCUUGACUACUGGGACCGUCAUGGCGUAUGCUCUAGAAUACAAUGACGAGAAAGGGAUUUGUUUCUUUACUGAUUUUCUUGUUGUUGGUGAGAAUCGGCAGAGUUUUGAUCUUGAAGGUGAUAGUGGAAGUCUCAUUCUAUUGACUGGUCAGAAUGGGGAGAAGCCACGACCUGUUGGGAUCAUUUGGGGUGGAACAGCUAACCGUGGUCGCUUGAAACUAAAAAUUGGCCAACCACCUGAAAAUUGGACUAGUGGAGUUGAUCUUGGGCGCCUUCUUGACCUCCUUGAACUUGAUCUUAUAACAACCAAUGAAGGGUUUCAAGCUGCAAUCCAAGAGCAACGAAAUGCUUCAGCUGCAGGGAUUGGUUCCACAGUGGAGUCAUCCCCAGCUGUCCGGGCUCCAUCUAAAGACAAGCUAGAAGAUGACUACGGACAUCUGGGUUUCAAUCUUCAGAAAAUUCCUUUUGAAGGUGAGUCCUGUCAGGGACUGAGUCGGCCGUUCAUUCAUGGUGACUUUCACAUAGAAAAUGGUGUUAAAACUGCUCCGAAUGUAGAACACCAAUUCAUUCCAAGGUCCACCUGCAAAUCUCCAGUAAAUCAAAGCAAUCGAGAGGAAAACCCACUAUCAAAAAACAUUUUGGCAUUGCAGAAUGGCCCUGAUGAAGAGAUUUCUGUUUCGUUGCAGUUAGGUGAGCCAGAACCGAAGAGAAGAAAAAACUGCAACUCUCUCUUUAGCACUAAAGGACCCAAAUGAAGUAGGAAUAAGUAAAUUAACUCUCUUUUCUUGAAGUAACUUUCAUACGAGGAGUUGCUUCACUUUGGCUUCAAAUUCUCCGUUACACUUUAUUCCGGAGUGUAAUUGCAGUGCACUACAUUGGGUCAUAUCUUCUCCUGCAUCAGUUGCUAUAUGGAAUCUUGGAUAUUUUGGUAAGGAUAAAAAGUAUAGGUCGUAUAUGUGGAGGAUACAAUGUUUUAUAGAGAUGUUUAGGUCGUACCCCGCUUUCAUUUUUACUUUUGAUUUGUAUCACUUUGGUGAAAAUACUUAUAGCAUUAGCACUCCUGAAGUUGGGAGCAUAAGCAGCUAUUGGAAUCCAACAGAAUGUAAAAUGUUACUUUUGGCUAGCAACGUUAGUUUGUUCAGAGCCUAAUUGAGGGUUUCUUUUUUAUGGUAGAAAAGGAGGGAGCAAGGUGGAGUAGACCAUUUGUAUCUUCUUAAGUCUAAUAGUCUGUAAGUGAACUCACAUUGUGGCUAUAUUUGUAAAUGCGGCUUCAAAUGAGACAUUUUCUACUA